UGAUUACAUCCCAUCGAAGCUACCUACCUAAGCAUAUCGGUCCAAUAUCUGUCUUAGCAUCGAGGGCCCUUUUAAACAGUUGCACGGGGGUUAACCCAACUCGAAACCAUAGACAUGGCACCAACAGAAGCAGAACUUCUUGCAAAUUACCUCAUACAGCCAUCUUCUUUGACCGCUAUCGUCACACUCGAGCAAUUCAAAGCCCUUUUCCCCCGUCCACUACAAUCCUCACCUCAGGUUCGAUCACUCUUUCGAGAUCUACAAGCUCAACGCACAGAUCUUCUCGACCAAGUCGCCGAGAAUAUCGCACAUGAAGCGAAACGAGGGAUCGCAAUGCGGCGAGAAGUCGUACGGGCUAAGCGCGAGGCAGAGCGAGAGGAUAUAGACGCCGAGAUUGAGAUGGAGCGAGCAUUAUUUGGAGAUGCUUCAGGUGCAGCGAGUGCCAAACAUACUCUCAACUCUGUUAUUCCAGAACUUGAGGGUGCCGCAGGUGCACUACAUGCCGAACUUGCACAUUUGAAAGAGGAAGAAGCAAUAUUGCUCGACUCUGUACAACAGACUAUAGGAGGAUUGAGCGAUCUACGAUACGGGAAAUUCGCCAAUGGUCGCAUAAGCGAGGGGGUUAUUGAUGGCCUCAAAAACGUAGAAGCAGCUUGCGGAAACAAAUCAUGAACGAACAUAUCACUUCAAGGGCAUCUGCAACUUCACGAAAAUAAUCAUGAUCUCUCCGAGCCAGAAUCUUCAUAUAUUUGCACGACAGAUCAACAUUUCCCAGAUAUCGAACAAUUCGACGGUUCCAUCACUAAAGCCUGUCAAGUGUUUGCCAAGAACGAAUUAUUGGGCGCGCUGAGCACCAGCCUGAGGGCCACCGUUGACGCCUUGCAUACGACGGGACCUAGUGCUAUUAGUAUCACUUUUGUUUGGCUCAGGGGUUGAAAUAACUCACAUCAUGGCGCGGCUACCGAAAGAGACAACGAGCAUGAAGAGCCAGUUGGGGAUGAGGCCCAUAGCCCACAUGAGGUAGCCGAAGGGAACAGCUACGCCGUACUCGGCAAGCUUGCCGUUGAAGGGAUGGAACCAGCUGCUGUCAAUGCGAUGGAACUGGUCCUUGCUGCCGGAUUCGUGGAAGGCAACCAGAGUGUCCGAGGUUGUGGUGGUCAAGUUAAGCCUCUUGCUAUAAAUCUCGACCGGCGCGGGUUCGGGGAGCAUCUCAAUGAUAUAGAGGCUGGCGGGGCCCGCAGACCAGGCAUUGCAGAGAAUGGGCUGGUUGUCGCAAUUCAAGUAAGCCAUAUGGGGAGUGUUGUCGAGGAGCGCAAACUUCGCAGCGGUCUCGUUGAAGGCCUGCUCGACAGUUCCGCAUCGACCUUGAAUUACAUUUUAGCAGUAGUUCAUUACGACUAACAGGGUGGUAAUAAAAAAUUAUGGCAUAGA